GAAAAAAAUCCGAAUGGGCGGUAAAAAUGGAAAUUUGAUUUGUGACGCAAUAUAAAAUAUUUUACUGUACAAGGCUUUUGUGUUGUUGUUUCGUAUCGUAAGUAAUUUUAGGGACUUUUAAAAAAGUAGUAAUGUCUACUGAAGAUGCAAGACCAUUUGCUUCAUUGAAGCAUAAUGCUGAAAAUUUUAUAAGUGAUUUUAAUCAAGACAUUGUGAAUUGCAGCGCGUUAUUAAAUGAAAAAAUAACUGAUUUAAUACGCGAUCCAGAUUCAUUAGGAGCUUCAACUCAUUUGAAGAAAGGAGCCGAUGCUCAUGUGGAGUUUUCAAAAGCAAAAUUAAAUAUCUUUUUGAGUAUGAAAUCACAUUUUGAUGAAAUUGAAGAGAAAUGGUCAUCCAUGAUUCAACAAAUGAAGAAGGACUUCUUAGAAAAUGUCGAGAUAUUUUUAGCUGAAACAAAAUUAGAAGUAAAGUUGCCACCAAGUCCUUCCAUUACUUCCAAGAAGUCACGUCUCUCCUUUUCUUCAGGGAAGCAAGAAAUCCUACAAGCAGUAUCUUCUUCAAUUUAUCCCUUGAUCAGCAGCAUAACCACCAAAGUACCAGGAUUGAAAUCUUCACAAGAGAAGGGAUAUUAUCAUGAAGAUCGCAUUGAUGAUGAUGAAGAAAGCAAUAGUGAUAACAGUUGUGAGCAAGAAGAAUUGCCAAAACCGCCAGUAAAGAAAGGUGGUAGACCAUUAAAGAGAGGUACAGCAAAUAUCCUUAACGAAUUUACAGGAUUGAAAUCUUCACAAAUGAAGGGAUAUUAUCAGGACAAUCCCAUUGAAAAUUAUGAAGAAAGCAAUAGUGAUAACAGUUGUCAACAAGAAGAAUUGCCAAAACCACCAGUAAAGAAAGGUGGUCGACCAUCAAGAAGAGAUACAGCAAAUACCAUUAACGAAUCUUUAGUUGAAUAUCCAAAGCAGCCUCUAAAGAAAGGUGGCAGACCUAGGAAAGGGGCAACAAAUGGUUUUAAUGAUCCUUUAGAUUUGAGUGAAACAGCUGCAAAAGUGAACAUGACUAAUACACGACGAGCAGCUAAACCUGCUUCCAGUGGUACCCCAAAAUCGACUUCUAGAAGGAAAAUCCAAACUAGGAAUUCUGAUGAAGAAAUGGAACCAAUUAUUGAGCAAGCUGCAGAAGAUAUUACUAAUGAAUUCGAAAUGCUUUCAACUACAACUAAAUCUCGUCGUAAAACGAUGUUUGUUCCACAAAUUAGCAAGGAAGAUUUAUCAGAUGAAGAACCUAACCCAGAGAAGAUUUUAAGAGUGAAAUCAAAGAGAAAAAACUAUGGCUGGUUUAUCAGAUUUCACAGUUGCCCCAUCACCCAAAAGAUUAAAAUCUAGUGGAAGAAAGAGUAUAUCUCUGUUAAAUGAAGAAGACGAAACUAAAGAUAAUCUUUUGGAUGGUGGUGAUUCAGCUGAGCUAGGAAAUUACUCUUCCUGGGUUGAAUUGAAAAGUGUUAAUACUAAUAUACCCACAUCGUCAGGAAUUUAUGAACUAAAAGUCUGGCGAGCCAAGAAGCCUGCGUUCAUAGGAUCUUGUGAAAAUCUUCGUCAUACACUUACUCUGCAUAAACUUGGACAAAAUUCUGGUCAUAAGCAUCUUGACAAAUUUUUAGAAAGAAAUUUGAAGGACGUUUCAGUUCGAUAUGAAGUUGUUUCACCAAUUCAGGAAGCUAAAACAGAAGUCAAGAACAGGAUAAAUAAUUUUGUGCAAAUUCACAAAACUACUCCUGCUUACAAUUGAAUCACUGUUAAAAAUGCUAAAAUCAUUUUUAUUCCUCUCGAUUUUACAAUAUUGAUUUAUUUUACCAUAAGCAUUCCUGUAAUUUUGAAAGAAGAAAGAGAGAGAAAUGCAAAGUUAGGUGCAACAAAAGAAAUAUUCUGAAACUCGGGUGUUGUGCAAGAAAAAACACUAUUUUCCUCAGAUCUAAUUCAAUUUUAAUUUAAAUUCAAUGAACCUCUGAGCUUGUCUAAAACAGAAGAAAGAAUAUGUAGUUAAGUACUCUUCCUUCCCUCUUUUGUGCACACUCAGUGACAAGUUUAAAAACAUUUGAAAAUUCUCCGACAAAACCUUGCAAGACAAUGAUUAUUUUACACAAAAUGUAGGAAUCUUGUUUAUCCUUUUUAAUUGUGCAUUCAGGAAAAAUUUGAAUUUUAAGUGUAUUGUGUAUGUUUUUAGUAUAAAUGUAAUUUUCGUCUUACUGAAAUUUUAACUGUCUUAAUAUUUUAAUUCAAUGAAACGUAGACAUUGUCAAAAUCUCUAAUAUUAAAAAUUUACAUUUUA